AAAAGCUACGAGGGCUCUGCGCCAGUUCCGUACGCGGGGGGGGCCGCUUCAGUGUGUAGCGCGGUACUGCUGUUUCUUUUUCAGGUGGUGUCUAGCUUCUUUGCGGGGAUGCCCUAAUCAUAACCGUCGGCUGGCGGGGUGUUGCGGAGAUUCGUGUAGCUCCCCCUGAGCUUGUCGUCCUGUUGGAUUCGGUUGGGUCCGAUCGCGAGGUCUCUUUCCGUUGAAAGUUGCGAUUUUUAUGUGGGGGCGAGGAAGCUUGGGCUGGUAAAGUUCGAAACUUUUUCCCGAGUUCGGCCUCCAGGGUUGCGUUUUUGGAGGGGAUAGAGAGCUGAUUGAGGCGGGACGGGUGCGUUCUGGUCCGGUCGGCGUGCGUUGACUCCGGGGGGUGGUCGUGGUGAUGAUGAUUCAUGGGUAGUAGAACUAGAGUUGGCGGCGGCGGCGGCGGCGGAGAUGAUGGCAGAGUUGUGAACGGCAUGCCGAGCUUCGUCCCUCAACUACCCACUCCGAGUUCCAUGGGACCGGAAGGAAACUCCAUUCGUUCUUCUCGAAUUACAGACUUUGGAACGCUUGAGCAGUCUCUUGGAUUCCGCAUAGAAGAUGCAGUUGACCUCAGCAGAAAUCCUGUCUUCAAUCAGAUGAAAUCAAGUGCCCAGGCUCUUGGGGCUGAUGUCCAAUUUGGCUCUUUGAAUAAGUCCCUUUCAUCCUCAGACAGAAAUCUUUCUGCGAAUAUUGUGGGGUCUCAGACACUAUCCAUGCAUAGAGAAUCACAAUCAAACCUAGUGUCAAUGCCUGGUGCUCAUCGUGAGAACUGGGGGGAUUCCACGAUGGCAGAUUCCAGUCCAAGGACAGAUACGUCAACAGACGACACAGGUGACAAGAAUCAGAGGUUCGAAGGGGGUCAAUUGGCUGUUGCAGCAGCUUCUGAUUCCAGCGACAGAUCAAAAGAAAAAGCCACAGAUCAAAAGACUUUACGCAGGCUUGCUCAAAACCGUGAAGCCGCCAGAAAAAGUAGAUUAAGGAAAAAGGCAUAUGUCCAACAACUAGAGAGUAGCAGGCUGAAACUCACCCAACUAGAGCAAGAACUGCAGCGAGCCCGUCAGCAGGGCAUUUUCAUUUCAAGUAGUGGAGACCAAUCCCAUUCAAUGAGCGGAAAUGGUGCCCUGGCCUUUGAUGUUGAAUAUGCACGUUGGCUAGAAGAGCAAAACAAGCUAGUUAAUGAGCUGAGAAAUGCGGUCAAUUCUCACGCUGGAGACACUGAGCUACGGACAAUUGUUGACAAUGUCACCACACACUUUGAUGAAAUCUUUAAGCUGAAAGGCACUGCAGCAAAAGCUGAUGUUUUCCACAUUUUGUCUGGAAUGUGGAAAACUCCAGCAGAGCGAUGCUUUAUGUGGAUUGGUGGGUUUCGCUCAUCUGAAGUCCUUAAGCUUCUUGUGAAUCAAUUGGAGCCUUUGACCGAGCAACAGAUGGUGGGUAUUGGCAACUUACAGCAGUCAUCCCAACAGGCUGAAGAUGCUCUGUCACAAGGGAUGGAGGCAUUGCAACAAUCUCUUGCAGAGACAUUAGCCAGCAGCUCACCUGCGACGGCAGGACCUUCCGGGAAUGUGGCAAACUAUAUGGGCCAAAUGGCCAUGGCUAUGGGCAAACUUGGAACUCUCGAGGGUUUCCUUCGUCAGGCGGACAAUUUGCGCCAACAAACUCUGCAGCAAAUGCACCGAGUUCUGACAACGAGGCAAUCCGCACGCGCUCUUCUUGCAAUAAACGACUACUUUUCCCGCCUUCGAGCGCUCAGCUCUCUCUGGCUUGCCCGGCCUCGUGAGUGAUAAUCCCAUGGAAGGCGAGGUCAUAUAGUAUUAACCUGUUGAAAUCCACUGCUGCCCCUACUACACGUCCUGACAGGAGACAAUGCAGAUCGCCUUUACUCUGCAUAGGUCAAAGACCGUUGAAUGUCCAAACUGCAAUGCGACGAUGAUUAGCUGUUGUAAUUAUAGACUCAUAUGUCAUAACACUAUAACGAUGUCAGUGUUCGUGCUGUUGUAACAUUAUAGCGAUGUCCUGUUUGGUUCUUGUGGAAGUCCUACUGUAUUCUGUUUAAUAUGCAUUAACUUUGGGGAAUAGAAGUGGGAGUUGUUUAUGUCACAAUGAUACUGUUGAAAGAUAUCAGCAAGUUACAAA